AUGGUAAAGCGCGUGCUUGUAGGAUACGGCAUCGACGUGGAUGCAGUGAGUGGGUGGAUCAAUACCGAAGACGGCCACAUACCCGACCUCACCGAUAUAUCGCGUGGCAUCUUUGGCGCCACAGAGAAAUACAACAUCAAGACCUCAUGGUUUAUCCCUGCUCACUCACUUGAGUCUUUUCCGGGUCAAAUGAUAAAGAUUCGCGAUGCCGGACAUGAGAUUGGUCUGCACGGAUAUACUCACGAACAUGUCGACAUGUUAACUAAACAGCAAGAGCGUGAUGUGCUUGCAAAAUCAAUCGACGUGGUGACUGCACUCACUGGAAAACAUCCUAAAGGAUGGACUGCACCGUCGUGGAGAACAUCAAGCCGCACUAUUCAAUUGCUCGAAGAAUUCGGCCUGGAAUAUGACCACUCGUUCAUGCAUCACGAUUCCCAGCUCUAUUAUGUCCCGUACAACUCAGGUGAACUGGUAGCCACUGACCUCUCAAAACCCGCCGAGCAGUGGAUGAAGCCCAUGGGGAAGCUCAAGCCAAGCAAGAUUGUUGAAGUGCCUGCAAACUGGCAUUUGGAUGACUGGCCACCGUUUCAACUUACAGAGGGCCCAUCCCACGGAUACGUGGAUCCAGAUGUCAUUGAACGACUUUGGAAAGCACAGUUUGAUUAUCUCUAUAAAGAGUACGAUACAUUUGUGUUCCCGAUAUCGAUUCACCCUCAGGUUAGUGGGAAGCCUCAGGUUAUUCUACUUCAUGAGAGGCUCAUUGAGUAUAUCAAUUCGCAUUAUGGUGUGGAAUGGUGUACAUUUGAGCAGAUGGUCGAGGAAUUCAAAGAGGGACGGAUUGGAGGCUUCACGGUGGAGGGUGGAAUUGAAUAG